UCUUCAUCACUGCACUUCAUAUCAUCAUGAAAUAUUCGCUUCAAGUCUGUCGCUCGUUAUGACGCACGUACCCGCGGUGCAGCUGAAAACUAGUGGGUUUCUUGGGGUAGCAUCGAGUACGCCUCGAAACUCUCGCUAUAUAAACAUACCGAGAGCAUCUCUUCUCACCAUUCUCACACUAGGUACCUUCAGCGUAUCGCAAUCAUCACGAUAUUGGAUCUCAAGUUGAUAGCAAUCGAUACAUACGAGACAUGCUAGGCACUACACCCGACGACCGAAGUGAUAACAAGGAGCUCCACCGUGCGCCUACCUGGCCACGUGAGCAAGAAACCUCAUUGAUGGAAGACCUCUCCUUCGACACGUGCCAUACUCUUUCCGCUUGGCAAACAUACAUCGUCAGAAGACGAUCAAGAUCCCUACCUGCAAUUGCCUUCAAAUGGUUCAACAGUCGAAAGAAUCGAGAAGCAGUUGGAAAUAAAGCCCCUUUGGAAAGAAAUGAACAGUACAGAAACCGCGAUUAUGCCAUGAUGAUGGCCAUUCUGCUUCAGGGAAACACCCUUGAUGCCUUACCUUAUGUAUGCUCGUUCUGCAAUACGAGAUUUGCGUUCGGCCGUGAAGAUUUGAGCAUGACCGUUGCACGUAUGCGUUCUAUCCAUGGACCUACCAUACUGCACUUGGAUCACAGCACUAGCUUGCGCAGCUUCAUGGCACAUUUACACAUGGUAGUUCAGGACUCGUAUGAGUGCCUUUUUCCGGGUAUCACAUUAUCGUCACUCGGAACAAUCCAGAAUCAUAUGCUAGACCGAGAUCACUGCGCUGCCCUCAGCCUAAAACGAAAGCAAGAAUUUUGGCAGUUUUGCCACGACCUCUGCGAUGAAACGGAGAAAGAAGACGCUAGCAACACUGAUGCGUGGGAAUUUAGGUCCCCAGAUACUCUUGAAACACGUCUCCACUAUGGACAAGUUUUUCGCCUCUUUUACCCCACACAACAGUCGAGUCACGAAUCUCAUGACUCGACUAGUGACAUUACAGAAGCAGCAGCAUCUAUUUCAUCCUCUUGGCCAUCGGUCUCCGAUCCCGAUGCAAUCCCAGAAUCCCAGACUCCAUUGGAUCCUGUACGUGAGGUACUCACGCACCAGACACGUCAUCAAUCCAGUCGUCGCGACGAGAUGAGUCUCAUUGGGCUCUCCUUCCAAGCCCGGCAUGCAUUGAUACAAAGAGAAAAGUCCGCACAAAGAAGAGAGGCGCUUGCACGACGAACAAAGGCGUGGGUAUCUACUAGAGGAGCUAAUAUGCAGCCGUAUGACCAAUUACACAACAGUCGAGCAAAGUGGGGAAAGCAAAAUCAUAAGUUGCUCCCAAGGUAA